AUGUUUGCUUUAUUUCAGGUUGAACUUUUUUUUCUAAGAUAUUCUAAAAUUUUGAACCCCCAAAACGUUUUUUUCCUGAUAAUAUUUAUCAUAUCAGAUUUUUUACCCUUUUCUUUUAUCACAAUGCUUCGUGAACUUGUGGUAUCGGAAAAUAAAUGGGUUACCCUUGGCUAUCAUCCAUCCUUUUCGAUAGACCUUACUCCAGUGAUAUCUGAUCCAAAAGAGAUCGAAAUAAGCAUGUUUGUGGGUCACAUCCUUUCCUGCUCAAAUACUGGCAUGAUUUUCAUAGAAAUUUUUAAUCCAAUAACGUGUGUAUGCAUCAAUGGGGAGCGAAUCGAUCCACACGUUUGUAUUGCCAUAAACCCUGGAUCUAUUCUUUCAUUUGUAUCUCGCAAUAAUAAAUUCCCUAAGUUUAAACUGAUUUUGAAAAAUCAAUCUUCGCUGCAAAUUUCACCUGUAGACCGCAGGAACUCCUCAAUAAUUAUUAAGGGGGACAGUGGAGCACUUACAUUGUGUACAAUUGAACAUUGCAGUGAGUUUUAUAGCGCUGAUUACAACGAAAAUAUACCAGUGCACAGGAAGUAUAUAGAUCAGAAUGUAUGUCACCCUGCGAUUACUUUACCAAAAGAUCCAGAGCAUACCACUGUUUCACCCCUAAAUCCAGAUUGCACUAUAGCACCGCGGCGAGUACUUGAUGGAAGUGAAAGUGAUGAAUGCAUAUCACUUCGUAAAUCAGCCACCAAUUUAUAUAAACCAUGUUAUAACAUGGAUUUAGGAACGGUUUUCUCUAAGUUUUCAGAUACCGACGGAGAGUCGAAACCCAAGGAAUUCUACCCUAAUAUGUAUUUAACAAACAAAUCAACAGAUAUUGUGGAAUUGUCUACUCAAACAACUCUACCGAUUCCAGUAACUUGCCGAGACCCAAAUAGAGACCAACCUUUGAAUUUGAAUCAAGCUUCAUUCCGUACACGAACCGAUAUGGAUUUAGGGAGCGACACCCUACCCACCGACUUUUUGAUUUCCCCCUUUGUUAUAACGCAAAGCAAUUUCAAGGCAGAAGAGGUCCCUCUAUCAAGGCUUUCAAUGUCGGCCCCCAAAGAUCCCCAAAGGGCCGAACGCGUUUCGGAAGUAUGCUACGGCGUCAUCUCUGCCCGUUCCGUUAAAUAUGUGGAGAAAGAGGCCGCUGUUUAUUCGCCACCUAUGUCGCUGUCGUGGCAGGCGGCGUUACGUUUAAUGGACCGUGUUCUUGGAAUCCGAAUGAAAGGCGAGAAAGUCGAGCCAUGCACCGAACUGGUGACCCCUUUCACCGAUGAUGCCAUAAAAACAGGAAUCUUACGAGAUUUUGAAUCUGUGGUAUCACAUCUCAAGCAUGUGCUGCAGAGCAAGUCACUGGCACUGAAGCUGUCCUCACCCAUAUUUGCCUGUGGGGAUCUUAGAGGCAGCUUAAGCGAUUUACGGGCCAUUUACAAGGCGGUUACAUUUUUAAGUCAUUGGUCUGCUAUGAAUGUGCCUGUUCUCUUUCUGGGAGACUACUUAGCUUGCAGCUCUACAAAUCUUGAAGUUAUCUUUUUACUUUUUUCAUGGAGCCUACUGUGCCCAGACGUGCACAUGCUGCGUGGGAGCAACGAAUUUAUGGAAAGUAAAGAUCGAGUUGUUAAUGGGGUGUUCUUUGGUACAAUGCCGUCUAAAUGCACACUUUUGCAGCAAUGUCGAUUUUGUUUUGGCGAAAAUUCUGGGCGUUCUCUGUGGACAACCAUCAAAGAUGUCUUGAAUAAGUUGCCCCUAGUAGCGGUUAUCGAUGACAAGAUCUUUGCAUCCCAUAGUGGUAUUCCUCUACUGAAGAAGGAUGAAAAGUGUCAAUUUGUACCAGAUUCUGGCACUGUAGAUUCUACCUCAGCUGCAUUCCUUCAAUCUUUUCAUUACCAGUCUGUAUCCAGCUGCAAUUGCCAGGAUGGCCCUAUCAAGAAGGGACCCUGCCGCUUUGUACCAUCCGAGACUAUGUUUGAAGACUUUCUCAAAUGCAAAUGUUCAAGAUGUUAUUUUGAGUUUGAGGAAGUUGAUUAUAGCCAUGUAGACCCCUCUUAUGUGUCUGAGCGCCGUCAACUAGUGCGAGAGCUUCUGGGGAACGAACCAGGUAAUUUUCGCAGUUCCACUGAUAAACUUAAAUCCAAUUUAGAGGAAUCUACUACAAAGUUAAUGUCAGAAUCAUCCACAUUUUAUUACGAUAUUGACGCUGAGGUUGAUGGAUUCUGUUGCAGCAUCCGUUCUGAGGAUCUUGACGGCUCUCUACGACAGUUCAAUGAUGUCGCGCUCAUAUAUUUUUUAAGGCGCUUCAAAUUUUCACACUUAUUGCGUGCUCGAGGCAACGGCUAUAUUGAUGAUAUUUCUCACGGAGGCAGAAUUAUCAGUUUAACGUCAAGCGGAGACGACCCUUCCGGUUGUCGCAUUCAAGCUGGUAAAAUUACUUUAUACUCUUUGAAGGACUCCCCUUCUUUUUCUGGAGAUUAUAUCGACAUAGGGACCUAUUGA